AUGUCAUUCAUAACAUUACGUAGACUGAUACAGUUCCCAUCAUCAUCAUCAUCAUCUUCGUUAUCACACCAAUUAUCAAAGAGAUGCCUCAGUUUUCAAACGUUAACAACCCCAAAUGAAAAUGCUUUAAAAUUCGUAUCACCAGAUCGUAGGAUACUACCGAUUGAUAAUAAGACAUUUGAAUUCAAUUCUACUUUACAAUCGAUUCAUUCUCCCUUAGCCGUCAAAUUAUUCAAACUUCCAGGUGUGAGAUCUGUCAUGUUAGGAUCUGAUUUCUUAACCAUUAAUAAACAAGAUUAUGUAAAUUGGGCUCAUUUAAGACCUCAAGUAGUGGAAUUAUUAGAUCAAUUUUUAGAAUCAAAUAAUGAACCAGUCAUCACCAGAGAAUUAAUCACUAAGACUGAAAGAGAAGCUGAAGAAUUGGCUGCUCUUGAAGAAGAUGAUACUGAAAUUGUAUCUAUGAUUAAAGAAUUAAUCGAAACUAGAAUAAGACCAGCCAUUCAAGAUGAUGGAGGUGAUAUUGAAUAUAAAGCUUUUGAUGAAGAAACGGGUACGGUGUUUUUGAAAUUACAAGGGGCAUGUAAAUCAUGUUCUGCAAGUGAAGAUACUUUAAAACAUGGUAUUGAAAAAAUGUUAAUGCAUUAUAUUGAAGAAGUUAAAGAAGUGGUACAAAUCUUAGAUCCUGAAGAAGAAAUUGCUUUACAAGAAUUUGAUAAAUUAGAACAAAAAUUACAAGCUAGAAGUUCAUCUCCUACACCUCCACCUCCAUCUUUAUAA